AUUUGAAGUUGUAUUUUUUUUUCUCUUUAAAAAACAAAUUUAUAAUUUUCUUCAUUAGUUGUUUCGCUGGAUUACUUUAAAUAUCAUGUCGUAUUGUUGUUAAUUAUAUUUGUUAGAGAAAAUAGUUAAGAUUAGGAAUAGUGUGUGCUGAGAUCGAGUGAUUUCAAGCUCUUACCAGAAAGGGAGUCAACUUUCACUGGGGUGCCGACCAACAAGCCGCGCGUCAAUACUUCAUAGAUUGCCUUACAAGUUGAACGAUAUUGCCGUACCGUACUCAAUAUGGUCCGUAUUGAGUGCAACCACCGACAGCAGAAGCCUGCGGUUAUGUGGAAGUUACAACUGACUCUCAACAUAACAAAACACAAGACGACGCGAUAUUCUGCCUUGAACUUGCUCAUAGGCGUCGAAGCGGCUACACCGCUCAUACGCAGCUUGAUACGGGAUGUAGCUCUUGAAGGUUCCAGUGGUAAUCGGGAAGCCAUUCGUGAGAUGAGUCGUCAGAGAGCGUUUGAACAUAUAUGUGACAAUCAAGCCCGUCAGGACGCCUACGUUAACAGGAGACGUAAGCCAACUCAAACCUUUGAACUACACUCCUUAGUAUUUGUUCGUAAGCAGGCGCAGUCAACCGGGAAGUUAGACUCGUGUAUGCGAGGACCUUACCGGGUGGUGAAGAUACUUCCACACGGUCGCUAUGAGCUGCAGCUACUGGCUGGCUCGUAUGGCAAGUCGACUCAAGCGGCUGCGGAAUAUAUUGUUCCGUGGCGUGGAGAAUGGACCCCUGAUGUUUGUGCUGCUUUCUUUGAUGACGCAGAUACUGAAGAAGAGGAAUUAACUGCCGGUGUCGACCUGCGUCCCGGUGUUGUACAGCCUGUGGAAGAGAUCGAGCCGCAACAAGGACCCUCAGGAAUACAGAGAUUCUCAGAACUAGCUGCCUCCAUUGUGAACGAAGAAAAUCUCCUGCUCUCCGUCCCAAUCGUGGAAACGGAUCGUGACAGUUGAAAAUAAAGAAGCCCGGGGACGGUCUUCUGUCAGGAAAGGCCGUGUAGGAAUAUAGGAGGGCAGUAGUGGGAGGAAGUGUAUUUAAAGGAGGGUGGACGGUAGACAGGUCUCUUUUUGCUAUCGUGUGUUCGGUCGAUUGGUGUCAUACUGUGUUAUUUUUGUAAUCCAUUGCGAUUAAGUUUGUUAGUGUCGUGUUGCUAGGGUUAGUUUUGAAUUAAAUUAGGAGAAUUGUUGUUACAUAAAUUCAUUAGUAAAAAUUGUCGAAUAGUUUGUGAUUUUGUAAAAUUGAUU